AUGGAUGUCGAUGCAGUUUCUCCACCGUACAAAGAUGCUUUUGACGGCACGACAGACAAGUUUACGUCAACUGAUAAUUUUCUUGCCAUUGAACGGGGGAAAAAGAAAGAUAUCGAAUGUAGUUUGUCAUCAAGUUUCAGUAGUUUAGUAGACAGAAAUAGACAAAUUCUUGUUGGCAUAGUUGAGGCUAUAAUAUUCUGUGGUAAACAGAACAUUGCCCUUAGGGGACAAGAGGACGAGGCAAGGGGCAAUUUCAGAGCCCUCUUAAGUCAGCAAGCAAAACACGACCCGAUAAUGAAGGACCAUCUCGAGAAUGGGAACCCCCGUUCGAUGUAUUUGUCACCACAAAUCCAGAAUGAAAUCAUUGAAAUAUGCGGAUCAGUGGUUGCCGGCGAAAUCGUCAAAGGCUGCAACUCAUCUUUCUGUUUUGGGUUCAUAGCUGAUGAGGCGACGGAUGCUUCACCGAUGGAGCAAAUGGCUCUAUGCCUUCGCUUUUAUGACAGUAGUAAAGGCUGCCUGCGUGAAGAGUUUGUCAGUUUUGCGGAGUGUGAAACAACAACCGGGGAAUCGUUAGCAAACUCUUUCAUCGAAAACCGGACAGCUCUUGGUGUUCACAUUCCAAAGACGCGUGGCCAGAGGUAUGACGGCGCCUCCAACAUGUCGGGAAAACACAGAGGCGUUCAAGCACGAAUCCAGCAACUAGUACCCAGGGCAGUGUACACACAUUGUAAGGCUCAUAGUUUAAACCUGGCCAUAAUACAUGCUUCUGGGACUAUGCAUGCCAGAAAUAUGAUGACAACAGUGCAAACAAUAUCAUUUGCCUUUAAUUAUUCUGCCAAGCGUCUCCUUCGCUUCCAGGAAAACUUAGAGAAUGAUCCAACCAGCAGAGCAGAGAUAGACCGGAGGACAAAAUUGAAGUCGCUGUGUGAAACCCGGUGUGCUGCUAGAUCUGACGCUUUGCAUACGUUCCUAUCGUCAUUCAGAACGGUUGUAGCAGCUUUAGUCGAGCUUGCAGCCGACUAUGGUGAUGUAAAGGCAGCGGGAUACAACAGUUCGAUACGGACUUUUGGAUUCAUCGUGGCGCUUGUGGCUGUUGAGCAUAUCCUGAAAGCAUUGUUUCAACUUUCGAAGAUGCUUCAGGAUAAGGAAUGCGAUCUAAUUGAAGCAGUAUCCGAAGCUCAAGUGAUCACUGGAAUGCUACAGGCUGAGCGAGCAGAUGACGAUGCGUGGGCUGCACUAUAUGACAAGUCUGUGGACCUUGCCAAGGAUGUUGAUGUCGACCCAUCCAUGCCCAGACACGUUGGCCGCUAUAUUCACAUGCCCAAUGCUCCGGCAGAUACGCCUUCCCAGUACUGGAAAACCAACAUGUACCUGCCUUUCAUGGACAGUCUGCUACAGGAGCUAGAUUCGCGGCUACUGCAAGGGCACGCAAGAUACAAAGUACAGUUCCUUAUUCCAACGAAGGUGAACCAAUUGACAGACGAGCUGGUAUCCGAAAUAUUCACCGAGUUCGAACAAGAUCUACAGGUUGACGAGGCUACAUUUGUCAGGGAAUGUCAGCGUUGGAGCACGAAGUGGCGGAUAUCAUCCCCCCAGAAUUUGAGUACAUUGGAAACGGCCUUAUCGUCGGCAAAGGAUGUCUCCUGCACGAAUAUUCGGAGAUGUUUGUUGAUUCUUCUCUGUAUGCCAGUGUCAACGGCCACUGCAGAGAGGUCCUUUUUCACCAUGCGUCGUGUGAAGACCUACCUGCGGAACACGAUGGGAACGGAAUGUAUGUCGGGUCUUGGGCUCCUGAACAUACACCGCGAGCGUGAUAUCAAUGCAGAAGAGGUCGUAGAUAUAUUUGCCCGGAAGAAAGAACGCCGACUGGCACUGUUGUUUCGUGUAAAGACACAUUAA